CGACACGCCGCAAAACGGCCCUUCGGCGGUCGACGUGACACAAGUUGCCGACUCGGCUUCUGACUACUAGUGCAUUGCACAACUUCUUGAAAUUCCCAAAUGUCGGUCUCCCGGCAAAGACUUAAAGAAGCAAGAAGGCAACAGAAGACGGAAAGAUGAAGCUCAUCGAUAGGAGCUUCGAUAAAGAUGGAUCGGGUCAGGUUACCCUUCUGCCUGAGGACCCAGAAGACAUGUGGCAUGCCUUUAACCUGGUAGCUGUAGGAGACAGUCUCAGGUCUACAACUAUAAGAAAAGUCCAGAAUGAAUCGGCCACAGGAAGUGUCAGCAGUAGCAAAAUCCGCACCACUCUCACCGUUACCAUAGAGACCAUCGACUUUGACACACAGGCCUGCGUGCUGAGGGUCAAGGGCAGGAACAUACAGGAGAACCAAUAUGUCAAGAUGGGAGCCUACCACACACUGGACCUGGAGCUGAACAGGAAGUUCACUCUUGCUAAGGAAUGCUGGGAUGCCAUUGCAAUAGACAGAAUAGAACAAGCCUGUGACAUAGAGAAGAAGGCAGAUGUGGCAGCUCUAGUGAUGCAGGAAGGCCUGGCACAUCUGUGCCUCGUAACCGGCAGCAUGACGGUCGUACGGGCCAAGAUUGAGACAAACAUCCCCCGCAAGAGGAGGGGCAGCUGUGAACAGCACGACAAGGGACUUGGUCGGUUUUAUGAGUCCGUCAUGCAAGCUAUACUGCGUCACGUCAACUUUGAAAUUGUGAAGUGUGUCCUUGUAGCCAGUCCAGGGUUCGUGAAAGACCAGUUCUGUGAGUACAUGUUCAGUCAAGCCAUCAAAACAGACUGUAAGGUCAUCACAGAGAACAAGUCCAAGUUCCUGCUGGUCCAUUCCUCUUCUGGCUUCAAGCACUCACUGAAAGAAGUGUUACAAGAUCCGUCUGUCACUGCCAAACUGGCAGACACAAAGGCUGCUGGAGAGGUGAAGUCACUGGAACAGUUUUACAUCAUGCUGCAGCAUGAACCUGACAGAGCAUAUUAUGGCAUCAAACAUGUGGAAAGUGCCAGUGAGUCAGAAGCCAUUGAGACCCUUCUAAUUUCUGACAGGCUGUUUAGGGCUCAAGACGUUGCCACAAGAAGAAGAUAUGUGGCACUUGUGGAGAAGGUGAAGGAUCUAGGAGGUGACGUCAAGAUUUUCUCCAGUCUACAUGUGUCAGGAGAACAGUUGGACCAGCUGACGGGUGUAGCCGCUAUCCUGCGUUUCCCAAUUCCCGAGAUCGACGAAGAAGACGCCACAGAUUCAGAUGAGGACUGAAGCCUUUGAUUCAAACAUAGACUGACUGUUAGACAGUCAUUUCAAGUCUGGACCUUCCUAAUAUACAUGUACAGCUAUGUACUGUAUUCAAUUGGAAGCUGAACGGUGAAAUAAAAGAAUAUUAAUUGUACCGGUAGUCCAUUGUUGAAACAUUGUGAGCAGGUUGCAUCAUGCAAAACAUUGCAACAUGUCUCUAAGAAAUUUCAAGCCAAAAGGUUAACAUGAACUCCUUCAGUAACUGUUGUCACUUUCAAGUUUCAGAUACCAACUCACUGUGGUAGCUACUUCAAAAGUCUAGCUAAGGAUGUAUCUGAACUACUUCUUGAUGUAGAAAUGUUGCUCGAGCAAUUGGAUAGUUACGUACUUCUGUUGUUUUAUUGGCCCUGGGGUGUUAAGGGGAUUAUUGCGUGUUUGGAUGACAAAGAAGCGUAUGUGAAAGGUAUCCAUUAUGUAGGUAAUAACUUGAUGAUACAGAAAGUCUAAGUACAGACGGUGUCUUGAGAGAAUACGUUUAUGUCAUAAGCAUAGAGAUAUUCUUGUUAUGUUACAUCUCAGGCAUACCAUUGCCUGUUGUUAAUGAUAGUAAUAUAUUUUGUUCAGGAUAUAUUACUUUAUGUUGGAUUUAUGUCAUAAAAACAAACUAUUGUUAAAGGUAUCAAAAUAAUUUAAAAGAUAUGUUGUUAAGUUCAAAUAGCAUAACUUCCUUCAUUUUAGAAGAAGACAAAGAUUCCUUGAUAUAUACUUCAAAUAUUGUGUAUAACAGGAAAUGUCAACUUUUAGCUAUGAAAACUUGGAAGUUUUCUUUCAGAAGAACCAACAGAAAUGGAAAUAAACGAAAGGAUCACAUCAUGCAAA